CGAAAAAAUUAAAACAAAAUCAAAAUUAAAUUUUCACUUGAAAAAUAUAUAUUUGGAUUUGAUUCGUUAGAUUUUUGUUUCAGUCGUCAACUUUGACUAGAGAUAUUUUAGAGAGAGAAGAAGAGCCCCACUUACAGUUGGACUAAAGCUAAUAAAAUAAUUAAAAAAAUGGCAGCUCAAAAAAAUAAAUACAAAAAAUUGGCCACUUAAUGAAGAUCAUGUAAUUAAAUUCAAAUUAAUUUUUCCGAGAGAGAUCAAAAAAAAUCAAUGGAGAUUGAAAUCCAAAACUUCAUCACGAUCUGGUUAACAGCCACCGCAUCUCUAAUCUUCUGCCACCAGAUCGCCGCCCGAAUCCCCGGCGGCGCCGCCAGGCUCCUCUCCGUGCUCCCCGUGAUCUACAUCUUCACCGCCCUCCCCCUCCGCCUCAACUCCGUCCAUCUCGGCGGCCCCACCGUGUUCUACCUCGUUUGGCUCGGCAAUUUCAAGCUCCUCCUCUUCUCCUUCAAUCAAGGCCCACUCGUCUCGAAUCCGCCAUUGUCGCUCCUCCAUUUCGUCUCCAUCGGCCUCUUCCCGAUCAAACCCAAGCAAACCCUAACCCUAACCCCCAAUUCAGAAAGGCGGAUUUUUCUUCUUCUGGUGAAAUGCGUGCUUUUAGCAGGGGUUGUUUAUUCGUAUAAUUACAGGGAAAUUAUACAUCCGUAUUUUAUUUUAGUUCUGUACUGCUGCCACGUGUACCUCGGCGUGGAGCUGAUGCUGGCCGUGACCGCCGCGCCGGUGCGAGCCGUCCUCGGCUUGGAGAUCGAGCCGCAGUUCGACGAGCCGUAUUUGGCGACCUCGCUACAGGAUUUCUGGGGGCGGAGGUGGAACCUCAUGGUCAGCGCUAUCCUGCGCCACACCGUGUACCACCCCGUGCGCCGCGUCGUCGGAGGGAGGUGGUCCCAGGCGGCGGCGAUCGCCGCCACGUUUUUGGUCUCCGGAUUGAUGCACGAGGUGGUUUACUACUACCUGACGCGUGCGGUCCCCACGUGGGAGGUGACGUGGUUCUUCGUCCUGCACGGGGUUUGCGUCGCCGUGGAGGUGGGGAUGAAGAAGGCCGCGCUCCGCCGUGGAUGGCGGCUGCAUAGGGCGGUUUCAGGGCCGCUGACGGUGGGGUUUGCGGCGGUUACCAGUGGGUGGCUGUUUUUCCCGCAGGUGAUUAGGAGUGGGCUGGAUUUAAAGGCGAUUGACGAGUACUCGUUUUUGGUGCGUUGGAUUGGUGACCGGUUACCGGCAAUUCCCUAAAAGUGCUUUUCCGGCAAAAAAGCGCUUUUCAACAAUUUCUUUUUGAAAAUUAUAUUUUUCACCCCUCAAGUUUGCACCUAUCUCACAUUUGGUUCUCUAUGUUCACAAAAAACACAUUUGGUCCCUCAUGUUUCAAUAAUAUAACGCUUUUGAUCAUUUCCGUCAAUUUACCGUUUGUUUGUCAGUUUCCGUUAAUUUACCUUUAGUUUGUCAGUUAAGUCAUUUGUGUGCACAUUCUUGAUUCCAUUAGUUUUAACGAAAAUUUGACGGAAAUAACUAGAAGUGUUGAAUUUUUAAAAUAUGAGGAAUCAAAUAUGUUUUUUGUGAACUUGAGAGACCAAAUGUGAAAUCGGUGUUAAUUUGAGCGACUAACACGUAUUUUCCCCUUUUUUUUUCUCU